GUUGUAAUCAUCGCCAGUGUGCGGACGUGCAAGAAGCGGCGUUUGCACAUGGAGGAGGGGGCGUUAUUGGUGAGGUGCAAGCAGGCAGACCGGGGAAGUUCAGCUUCUGGCUUUAGUGGCUAGGAUCCUGGAGCACGUUCAGUCGCUGGGCGAUCCCGCGCCGGUCAGCAGGAUGCGCUUCCGAGUAGACACGGGUGCUGCAUCGCACGCAUGCGUCUUUCCCACUGCCCCGCCAGCCCCUGCCCCCGCUGGCCCAGACCAUGGCCCGAUACCUGCGCUCCCUGGAGCCCCUGGUGAGCCCGGAGGAGCUGGAGCAGACGCGGCAGCUGGUGACGGAGUUUGAGGCUCCGGGCGGAGAGGGGGAGCGGCUCCAGGCACGGCUGCAACGCAGGGCGGCUCGCAUGGAGAACUGGAUCACAGACUGGUGGAUUCAGUCUGCCUAUCUGGAAAGCCGCCUACCCCUGGCCAUCCACUCGAACCCGGCCGUUGUGCUGCCGAAGCAGGAUUUUAAUGAUUGGAAAGGACAGCUGAGGUUUGCUGCAAAACUCAUUGCUGGUGUGCUGGAUUUCAAGGCAAAGAUUGACCACCAGACCUUGUUGGUUGAAUAUUCCCGGGGCUACCCUCUCUGCAUGGAUCAGUAUUCCUGCCUCUUCUCCUCAUGCCGACUUCCAGGGCCCAAGCACGAUUCUGUCUUGCUGCCUCCUCCUGGCCGGAGACCCCCCACCUACAUCACUGUAGUACGCAAUUUCCAGUUCUUCCAGCUCGAGGUGUACAACAGCGACGGGACACCGCUCACCGUGGAUCAGCUGCACGGGCAGCUCCAGCGGAUCCGGGCCCAGUCCACGAAGACCAAUAAGGAGCCCUUGGGGGUGCUGACCAGUGACCACCGGCAUACAUGGGGACAGGCAUAUACCACUCUCAUGAGAGACAAGCUGAACUGCGAAUCGGCACGUGCCAUCCAGCGUAGCCUUUUCACCGUCUGCCUGGACUCUCCCGUCCUGAAGGUGUCGGACGCACGCGCCACGAGCCGCCUGGCGGCCCAGAUGCUGCAUGGGGGAGGAAGCCACUCCAACAGCGGGAAUCGCUGGUUUGACAAGACGCUGCAGUUCAUAGUGGGAGAGGAUGGUUCCUGUGGGGUGCUUUACGAGCAGGCCGUUGCUGAGGGGCCCCCAAUUGCCACGAUCAUAGACCACGUGCUUGACUACUGCAAAGAUCCUGUCCCAGUCCGUGCUCCACUCAUUCCUCUACAGUUGCCCAAAAAACUCUACUUCUGCAUCACUCCAGAAAUCAAACGUGACAUCGAGCACGCCAAGCAAAACCUGAACAUCCUCAUCACCGACCUGGACAUCAACUGUUUCACUUACCGCAGGUUUGGCAAGGAACUGCUCAAAGGCCAGAAGCUGAGCCCAGACUCUGUCCUGCAGGUGGCGCUGCAGUUAGCCUAUUACAGAGCACAUGGGGAACUGGGUCCCACCACCGAGUCGGCCUCUCUCCGUCGCUUCCACCGUGGCCGGACGGAGACUAUCCGCUCCGCUACCUCUGCCGCGCUGGCCUUCGUCCAGAGUACGGAGGAUGACAACUGCCAGGCCCCGGAAAGACUGAGUUUGCUGAAGGAGGCGAUCGAGGUCCACAGCACCCUCACAGAGCAGGCUCUGGAUGGGCAAGGCAUCGACCGCCAUUUGCUGGGGCUCAAACUGGAGGCGAUUGCCGACGGAUUCCGUGUGCCCAAGCUCUUUAUGGACACUUCGUUUGCUGUGGCUUCUCACUGGAAACUCUCUACGGGACAGGUCACUGCCCGCACGGAUUGCGUGAUGUGCUACGGGCCACUGGUGCCCAACGGCUACGCCGUGUGCUACAACCCUCUGCCUGCGCACACCAACUUCGCCAUCACCGCCUUCAAUUGCUGCGAGGAGACCAACGCAGAGCACCUGGCCAGGGGCCUCCAGCAGGCGCUGGAUGACGUGGGGGCCUUGCUGGGCAUCUCUGGCAGCGAAAGCCACGACAGACAGUCCUGAGGCACACGCCACGGCUCUGUUUCCACAGAGGAGUCUCUCACCUCUUCCCAGCACUCCUUUGCCCGUCACUCUGUGGGCCUCGGGGCACAGAUGGGCACCCUGCCUGACUUUGUGCCGAAGCUUUGUGACCCACCAGUCCUCCAGUGAUCCUUCUUUCCCAUGAUGCUCUUUGUGUCCUUCAGAAGGGACCAAUGGGAAGGCAGCCACUCUUGGGUUUUGUUUUGUUCUGUUUUUUUUACCGUCUUAAUUCAAAGCCAAAUCUAAUUUAUUUCUAGACUAAAGAAAUAAAGAUUCUUUCAGAAAAGAG